AUGGACGGCUUCUCGCUCAACAUCUCGGCGUCCAGCGGCGGCGCGCGCAAGCCCGCCAAGAAGAAGAACACAUUCCGCGCCAAGCAGCAGGCCAAGCGCAACAAGGCGAAGGCCAACAAGGCCGGAAAGCGCAAACCGCUGACUACCAAGCAGCAGCCGAAGGUGGAAGCAGCCAAGAAGACUUUCGGUACGCGUCGUAACCCGAACAAGGAGGGCUACAGCGUGGAAAAGUUCACCCAGUCGCGCGUCCAGAUCGACAACGUGCUGUCUAAGCCGUUGACGUCGUCGUCGAGUGAAAAGAUUUUCGCUGCGAACACGUUCGAGUCGAUGAACAUGGCGGAGAAGCUGGUGAAUGUGUUGAAGAAGGAUGCGAGCUGUGGAGGCUUUGGCUUUGCUCGGCCUACUAACGUGCAGGUGCAAACGAUCCCGUCCGUGUUAAAGGGGAAUGAUAUUCUGGUCAAGAGUGAGACGGGUUCUGGUAAGACCCUGUCGUACUUGCUGCCUAUCGUUCAGAAGCUGCAGUCGGUGUCGCCGCGUAUCCAGCGACAAGAUGGCUGCAUGGCGCUGGUGUUGGCGCCGACGCGUGAGCUCUGUACGCAGAUCAUGGAAACCGCGAACAAGCUGAUCCAGCCGUUCGUGUUCCUUGUGCCGGGUGCUAUCAUCGGUGGUGAGAAGAAGAAGGCUGAGAAGGCUCGACUCCGCAAGGGUAUCACUAUUCUGAUUGCUACUCCUGGACGUCUGGCGGAUCACCUCGUGAACACCCAGUCGUUUAACUACACGCAACUGCAGUUUUUGGUGCUCGAUGAGGCAGAUCGUCUGCUGGAUAUGGGCUUUGAGAAGCAGAUUACACAGAUCUUGAGCAUUCUCGACGGCCAAAAGUCGGCCAAGAAGCGACAGAACAUUUUGGUGUCCGCAACGAUCAACAGCGGCGUGCAACAGCUCGCCAAGAUGAGUUUGUCGAACCCGGUGCUGAUCGACGCUGACGCGGUUACAAGUGGUGAAGACGCAGCGACAGAGAUCAAGGCCAGGAGUCAGGAGAAGUUCUCAACGCCGCACCAACUGAUGCAGCACUUCAUGCUCGUCCCUGCGAAGGCGCGUCUUUGCGCGCUGACUUGCUUCUUGCGUGAGGAACUCCGCCACGCUCCUCGUGAUAACAAGAAGGAUGGCGGCCCUGGCAAGUGCAAAAUUGUGGUUUUCCUGUCCACAUGUGACGCAGUGGACUUCCAUUACGCCCUGUUCCGCAAGUGCGCAUGGCCAUCGGGUAAGGGAUCUUCGGAGGAGGCAGACAGCAGUGGCGGCAACGGCGUGGCGUCACUCUUCGGCAGUCAAGGUCCCGUGUUCCGCCUGCACGGUAACAUUCCUCAGCAGGAGCGUGUGACCACGUUCAAAAGCUUUUGCUCUUCGAGCUCCGGCGUGCUUCUCUGUACUGAUGUGGCAGCCCGUGGUCUUAACUUGCCCACGGUCAAGUGGAUCGUCCAAUAUGACCCGCCGACGGAGACACGCGACUACGUGCAUCGUGUCGGACGUACUGCCCGAAGCGGUAACCAAGGUAGCAGUCUGCUGUUCCUGAUGCCGUCGGAGUCUGAGUACCUGGACUAUCUGACCAAGCAGGGACUGAAGUUGAACGCCCUGAGUCUCGAGAAGACCAUUGCUCGCGUUGGCAAGCACGGCGGCUUCCUGACCACGUCUCGCAAGAAAUUGCUGCACGAGGUUGUGCAGGGCGACCUUCAGUUUCUCUAUGAGCAGACGCUUCUAGCCGACAAGGAACUGUUCGAGCUGGCCUGCCAAGCCUUCCACUCUUUUGUGCGUAGUUACGCCACGCACUCCUCUGACACACGACAGAUUUUCCACGUUCGUAGCUUGCACUUCGGUCACGUGGCGAAGAGUUUUGCGCUGCGGGAGCCUCCGGCGUCUGCCAAGCUGCGAGACACUGGACGAAAUGCCAAGAAGGGUACUCUCCAGAAGCGUAAGGAGCGCGACGACAAGCAGCAGGCUGUGAUCGCCAAGAAGCAGAAGAAGGUGCGCGAGGAGAAGCGCCGGUACGCGCAGAACGUGUCCGAGUUCGCCGACUAA